AUGUACACCCAAAAUGCAGCCAUGGCGGCGCAGAAGCCAGAAACCUUUAUGCUGAGCACGGAGGCUCAGCAAGCGCUUCCCCACGACGCUCAAGUAGCGCUCAACCAGGUUGAUAACCUCAAAUAUUUCCUCAUCUCCGCUCCAGUAGAUUGGUCACCUGAUCAAUAUAUUCGACGAUUUCUGCUUCCUACGGGCGAAUAUGUAUCAUGUGUGCUUUGGAAUAAUCUCUUUCACAUUUCUGGUACGGAUAUUGUUCGAUGUCUCUCGUUCCGAUUUCAGGCAUUUGGCCGCCCAGUCAAGAACUCGAAGAAGUUCGAGGAGGGAAUCUUCUCAGAUCUUCGAAAUUUGAAAUCGGGAACCGAUGCGUCUCUGGAGGAGCCUAAGAGCCCUUUCCUUGACUUUCUCUACAAGAACAACUGCAUUCGAACGCAGAAGAAGCAAAAGGUCUUUUACUGGUACAGCGUUCCCCAUGACCGCCUCUUCCUUGAUGCCUUGGAAAGAGACCUCAAGCGCGAGAAGAUGGGCCAGGAGGCUACCACGGUGGCUGUUAGCGAGCCUGCCCUGUCGUUCCAAUACGAUUCCUCGCAGUCCCUUUACGAACAGCUUACCAAGGCCCAGCAAGCCAACUCUUCAUCUUUUAAUGCCCAGCAGCAAGCGUUCGCUCAGAACCAGGGUUCUUCGCCUGUCAUGCGAUCCAUGGAUUCCAUGCCUCCUCCCAACAUGAUUCCUCAAUCGAUGCCCCAGUCCAUGGCACCGCAAAUGCCUCAGUCGAUGCCCCCCUCGAUGCCACCGACCAUGACUCAGUCGAUGGCCCAGCCAGUUCCUCAAUCCAUGCCCCCUUUAGCGGAAGGGAUGGACGCAAUCUCACCCUACGGAUCAAUGACGAUGGCCCAGGCGAUGCCUCACCAGCUUCCCCCACAGGUGAAGCGCGAGGCUGAGUUCGGCCGCGUUCAGUACAAUCAGAAUGGCGUUCCCAUUACGCAAGCCCAGCAACGCCACUCUUCCGUUCCUAACUAUGGCCUUGAAUACUCGCCAGCACCUUCAUUUGUUUCUUCACAGUACGAAGACUACAGCAAUCGUGGCAUCUCUUUUGAGCCAAUCACCCCUCCUCAGCACGCCCUUGGUGUUUCUGCGGAGCCCGCGUAUAUUGCCAACGAAGAGACCGGUCUGUACUCGGCAAUCCCUGACAACGUGUCGGGUAUGAACGGUGCUGGUGGAGCAGUGCACCUUGCUCCCUCACACAUGGCUGGAACACAAUUCAAUCGAUCCUAUGGAACAAACAGCGUCUACUCUGUCAUCGAAGGCUCGCCGACAUAUAAGCAGAGAAGGCGGCGUUCAUCCAUUCCCACAUCUAUGUCGGCAGUUUCUAAUGGAACUCACACAUCAGCACCACCAACGACCCAGAGACCAUCUGACUUGAAGCGAUCCAUGUCCGCCUCUGUCGUCCCUUGUGUUCCCGAGGGUGAUGAAUCUGCGCAAAACUCGCCACCCGGCCUGUCUUACAGCACCAGUGGUGUUUCUGUCAGCCAGCAGCAUGUAUCGCGACAUGGAACCCCAAUGUCAACGGUAGAAGGCAGCCCUGCACUGAAUUCCAUGGGUCUCCAACACCUUGACUACUCACAUGGACACUGCGAUGAUGGGGAGAACCCACAUGAACCCCGCCGUCCAAGCUCUGGUGUCAACGGUGCUGUUCGUCGCGCUCGCUCUGCCACUGUUAUGGAGCUCGGGCCUUACCCCCAAAAGUCACACUCUUGCCCCAUUCCCAGCUGUGGUCGCCUGUUCAAGAGACUAGAGCACCUCAAGCGUCACGUACGAACACACACGCAAGAGAGACCUUAUGUCUGCCCUCAUUGCAGCAAAGCAUUCUCGCGCUCUGAUAACCUUGCUCAGCACAAGCGAACUCACGAGCGUGAGGACGGUGGUGAAGGCCCUUACCAUCUUUCUGGAGAGGAAGAAGAGGACUUCUCUGGUGAGGACCAACUUGGUUCUCUUGAAGAAGCUUCACCAACAUCUGAGAACGCUGCAUAUGUGACUGGUUCACUUAAUUCGGUUGCCGCUCAGCAAUUACCACCGAAUUCAUUGGCUGGACCAGCCACUAUCACACCAAACCAAACCUACGGCGGCAUGCAAUCUAUGGGAAUGCCCAUGGUGAUUGGACAGGCUGGUACUGUCAACGCCGGCGGUAUCAUGUAA